UAACCCAAGGAGAUAUGUUACGACAACUCCACGCUUAAACUGAUUUCUGAACGUGUUAGUUAUCAUAUACAGUUAAUGUGCUUAUAUACGUACUUGGUAUUCUCAUGCAACUGAAACUAUGAAAAUCCACACAAAGUACGGUUAAUGAUAAGUUCUUGAGAGGCCGGACUGGUCCGAUUAGGGGGGUUCAUGGCCCUCACUCACCUGCCUGCCCCUCCUUCACCUCAUCCCACAUUAUCACAUUACCUUCCUGGAUUCGGAUUACCUAAGAAUCCCUCAGAAGUUAACCGUACCGGCACCCUUACCAGCACCCAUCUACCCUUCUACAUGGGUAGACAACCUGUCAGAGUAUUUUUAAUCGAGAUUUUGAAACAUACAACUUUUGCUCCCGCCCUACAAAGACCAUUACGUGCCGUACUCGAUUUCCCCCAAAGCUGGAUUUGAGAAUACCUGCAUCAUCUGUCUGCCCCCUUGAUCAUCUCCGCAUUGCGCCUUCGCUACUAGCAGCAGGAGGAUGGCGGAAGAGUGGGAUGGCGUUGAGGAGGCCAUUGAAGAUCCCGAGGAGAUCCGCGUGAUAUUUUGUGCCCUGGACUCUUUCAGCCAGUAUGCUAAAAAUGCUCAUCUGAACUGCACUCAUUUUCGCAGGCAGGCGUUUUAUGCACUUCCACAGGCGCAUUGGCAGAUGCUUGCCGCACCGCCAUUCAACUACCUACAAACUCUUAACCGGGUAGAUGAUGCCAUCGAGAGCAACGCUGAGCUGGCGCGUACCAUUGUGAAGCUCGGGCUACAUUCAUUUGGCAUGGUGGAUUCAGAUGCUGAGGCAGUCAUGCCAGAAGAAUGGACGGGAAUUGCGAAAUAUAACGACCUGGAUAAAGCCCGGAGCACGAUACGGCAGUUCUACCGAGAUUGGUCUGCCGAGGGCCGCGUGGAGCGAGACGCAUGUUACGGACCCGUUUUCAAGGCUUUAGAAACUGAGAAAGAGCGGAAAGGAGGCGCAGCUAGUCGCACAGAUAGGACACAAGUACAACCAGACCUAUCAGCGAAGGCAAACUCACCCUUGCGGGUGUUGGUCCCGGGUGCUGGCCUUGGCCGUCUUGUGUUUGACCUCUGCCGUCUAGGCUAUAAUACAGAGGGCAACGAGAUAUCAUAUCACCAGCUCCUCGCAUCGUCGUAUAUCCUGAAUUCCUGUGAACGUGCAGGCCAGCACACCAUAUACCCGUGGAUCCAUUCAUUUUCCAACCACCAGAGCCGUGCAAACCAGUUCGCAGCGUACGAUAUUCCAGACGUGCACCCGCAGCGGACGCUCACAGAGACAACUGCAGCCGGGGGUAAAAUCGGGACUAUGGAGAUGUGUGCGGCAGAUUUCCUGUGUCUGUAUGGCGACGAGGCGCACGCCAAUACAUAUGAUGCAGUAGCAACCGUGUUUUUCCUUGAUACAGCGCCGAAUCUGAUCCGGUAUCUCGAGGUUAUCCGGCACUGUCUGCGGCCGGGCGGCGUGCUGAUCAAUGUCGGCCCGCUGCUCUGGCAUUGGGAGAAUCAUGUCCCCGGUCAUCACGGCUAUGACGGUGAUGGCGACCACGACGAGAAUACCUCUCUCGGGAUUGCUGACCCCGGCAGCUUCGAGCUAACGGAUGAUGAGGUUGUAGCGCUCGUGGAGAAGAUGGGUUUCGUUAUCGAGAAGAAAGAGUUAGGUCUUAGGGCCCCAUAUGUGCAGGAUUCACAAAGCAUGCUGCAAACCGUAUAUAACGCUAGCCACUGGAUAGCGCGCAAGCCCGAGUUGGAUCAGGAUAAGGGACGGCGGGUGCCUCGACGGGCUUAAAGACUGCGGAAUCAGUUGGCAUAGAUAAAGUUUAGAGCCUCAUCGUUGAAAGGAGAGGAGUCGAGGCCAUACAUAUCACAAGUGGGGAUUGCAGCAUGGAAUUGGCGUCGUUUUGGAAUCCAUUUUAUUGGGUAAGCAUGUCACACGUGUAUGGCGUCUGAGGAGAAA